AUCACAAGUAAACCAUAUAUACCCAGUGGCCCAGCGAUAAGUCUGGGGGCUAAGAACGCUAAAAAUCGUGUUUCGAUAGUCGCAAUGGGUAGAACACAGAUAGCCCAUUCUGUUUCUUUGUACUUAAUAACAAACGAACAACACUAUUUGUCAAACACUAUAUCAGACAAUAACACGACGUCACCGAUGUAAACACAAACUUUUUUUUCAGCCAAAUUACACAGCAGUUGCUGAGAACUGUAAUAUGUGGCGGAACUUUGACGAUAUCGCUGACUCUUGGAGCAGUGUUCUUUCCAUCAUUGAUUAUCACUCUGCUCAUCAGGACCAACUGGUACCUGUAGCUGGACCUGGAAAAUGGAACGAUCCAGACAUGCUAAUUAUUGGUAAUUUCGGACUGAGUUACCACCAAGCAAAGGCCCAGAUGGCGCUAUGGGCAAUUCUUGCGGCUCCUCUUCUUAUGUCCAACGACCUGCGAGCUCUUGCGCCAGAAUUCAAAGAAAUCUUGACUAACAAGUACGUCAUAUCUGUUAACCAGGACCCCCUUGGACUCAUGGGGAAGAGAAUUUACAAUAAGCAGAGUAUCGAGAUAUGGACUAGGCCUAUUACACCAACAACAGAAGUCAAUUAUUAUUCAUACGCUAUCGUUUUCUUUAAUCGCCGAGACAUGGGCAGCGCCGUGGAAGUGAAUGCAACCACCAGCGACCUCUGUCUGAACUAUACUCAAGGAUACGAUGUUCUGGAUCUGUUCCACUGGUGGAAAUCGCCAGUUCACCUGAAACCUGGUGGAAAACUUAGCGUUAAAGUUAACCCUUCAAGUGUUGUUAUGCUGACGGCGAAAAUUUCUGAAAAGUGAGCAGAAAGCUCCCCUGGGUUGAAAAAAUAACGAAUUUCCAGAAUUUCACAGCUAAUAAACUUAUAUUUUUGGUGACCGUCUUAGGUUUCAAAUGUUCGUUAUUCCAACAAAUGUUAUUACAGGAAAGAUUAAUAAUUCAUUACCUUGAUUUUUUUUUUAUUUCAUGACAAAUAAUUAGGGCUUCUGAUUUUCAUUCAUUUCUUUUUUUGGGUGUUUAUUUUUAUUUUCAUGAUUUGUUUCCCAGAGUUCUUCUCUGCACGAGGUCUACUUUAAUUUUUAUUACAUAAUUUACUAUAAGAAUUACCUCUAUAUUAGUUUAACCUCUACCACACCUCAGCAGUCGAUAUACCUCAUCAAUGCUAUAUAGUAAUAGAUGCAGGUCAAGAGGGAGAAGAGGUGAACUUAUAUAAAUGUCAAACCUUUUCCAGUUUUUUUCUGGUGUUUGUUGGAUGUACACCGAUUUUAUUUGAUUCUUAUGUGUUAGAACCGAAAAUCAGAAGCCCUCAAGUACUAUAUGUAAAUAGUUAUAAUGCGCUCAAGCUUGUCAUGACCUUUGAUUGGAAAGUCCAUCGGUUUAAAAGGUUAUUAAUAAAAUAGCACUUGUGUAAAGUGUGUUUCUAAAUUCACGUCUGCCAUUUUAUAUGAAAAAUUUAUGACUAGACGUAAAAAAAAAAGUGAACAAAAUCUUCUUCCGCGUUUUUCAGACAUAUUACUACGUCAUAAAAUAACAUGUUACUACGUCAAAAAUAACAUGUUACUACGUCAUAGAGUAACAUGUUACUAAUGAUGACAAAACCUUGUCGAAACGUUGUACAUUUGCUGUUAUGUUAAACUUAUAUUAAAGUUUUUCUUCAUUACCCAUUCAAGCCGUCUCCAGCCAUUAUUAGUCUCAAAGUGGGUUCCUCGUUAUCGAAUUCGAACAUAUUACUACGUCAUAGAAUACGGGAAGUUGGUGAUACUUUUCAAGCCCAGCGUUUUCCUAAUAUAUAGUCUUAUAAUUGUAGCCUAACACUAACACUAAAGUAUUAUUCAAUAAAUCAUCUGUAAUAAUCAUUUUUU